UAUGUUAGGAGUUUGAUGGAGUCAAUUUUGAAAUAUUAUGUCAGAAUAUGCAGUAGCCUAUACAUCUGUACGUCUGCAUUAGAUGAAGUAAUGGCAGUGCGUAGGCGAUUGCCAGGAAGAUAUGGACAUAGUUUGCCAACACACAUUCAUGGAAAUUCUAAAGAUAAAGGCUCAAGUUCUUCCUUAAUUUUAAUCUGCAUUAUAUUGUCAGCUGUGGUAGGUUACGCAGGAUUUUCUUGGUAUUCACAUAUUCAACUGAAAAGAAUGCUUUAUACACCUUUAUCUAUGGAAAAAGUGAUAGUUGACCAACCUGAUAUGAAACGGUAUUGGGGAACUUAUCGACCUCAGGUCUAUUUUGGAAUGAAAACAUUGAGUGAAAAUUCCAUUGUGACUGGAAUGAUGUGGCUUCAACAAAAUGUCAGAUAUUCAAACGACCUACCUCUACGACAUACCUGUGAACAAGGGGAUCGGCUUUCUCGUUAUGGAUGGAUAGCACAUGAUGGGUUGAAUUUUGGAAUUCAGGAUAUUGUGGAAAAGAACUUUAAUCUACGGACAGAAUUUGUUAAAAAACCUGGAGGGAAUCAUGGAGGAGACUGGACUUGGAGAGUGUCAGCCAGAUCUUUUGGAAACAAUGUUACCCUGUCAUUGUUUUUCUAUGCUGCAACUGAUCAAGAAGGGGAUUUGACUCCACUUACUGAAAGAAAAGCGUACGGGGAAAGACUCGUUGCAAUAUCUGGUUUUAGUCCUGGACUCGGACCUUUUACAAUAAAAUUUCCAAAAUCAACUGAAAACAAGAAACAAGAGUUUCAUUACACUGUAACUGAAGUGGAAGGUUUACAUAAACUAAAAGAUGGUGUCUUAAGAAAACUGGCUGUCUCAGAAGUGUCUCCUCGGGGAGGUGGAGGCAAAAAAGUUCCUAGAUACUCACUUGUACAAGAUGAAUUUCCCGGAAACGUCAAAAAUCCAAAGUCAAAAAUGCUAGUACAUCAGGUUACAAUGGAAACACCAUUUGAAGUAGAAGUCAUAUUCGAAUCAUCAAGCGUAAAGCAAAGAACUGAAUUAACCGGAUCUUCUUUUACAAAUUUAUUAACAAAUUUAAAAAUGAAAUUUGAUCAAAAAUUUGAAUCAAGGUUUCCACUGCAUAAGCUUCGGUACGAUGCAGAACAAAUAUCAUUCGCCAAAGCUGCUUUUAGUAAUAUGAUCGGAGGUAUUGGGUAUUUUCAUGGAAAUUCUCUUGUACAAUCUGAAUAUGAGGUAGAGCCUGUACCAUACUGGAAAACAGGUUUAUUAACAGGAGUGCCAUCCAGGUCAUUCUUUCCAAGAGGAUUCCUUUGGGAUGAGGGUUUCCAUGAAUUGUUAAUCAGCAAAUGGGAUCGAGAAUUGAGUUUAUCUGUUAUCGGCCAUUGGCUUGAUACUAUGAAUGCUGAAGGUUGGAUUCCGAGGGAACAAAUUUUGGGAGACGAAGCACGAAGCAAAGUACCUGAUGAGUUUGUUGUGCAAAGAAACACGAAUGCAAAUCCUCCAACUUUUUUUUUAACAUUACAAUCAAUAGUAAGAGAUAUGAAAUCACAACGUAAAGGAAUGACAGAAAAUGAAAAGAAAACUUUGACUCGAAUGUUUCCAAAACUCCAGGCAUGGUUUAGCUGGUUUAAUCGCACUCAGUCUGGACCAAUACCCGGUUCAUAUAGGUGGAGGGGUAGGGAAGAGAAUUCGGACAGAGAACUUAAUCCAAAGACUUUAACCUCUGGCUUAGAUGAUUAUCCGAGAUCUUCUCAUCCUAAUCAAAAUGAACGUCAUGUUGAUUUGCGAUGUUGGAUUGCUUUAGCAUCUGAAACGCUCUCUAAUAUUGCAGCAGAAAUUGGAGAAGAUCCAACUGAAUACAAAUCAACAAGUGAUUAUUUGAUGGAUAACAAUCUACUUAAUAAAUUACACUGGUCUGAAGGACUUAACUCUUAUUCUGACUUUGGGAAUCAUUCAGCCAAGGUUGUUUUGGUACAAAAACAAAUUCCUCCUACUAAACCUGGUUUGCCGGUUACUUUCAAAGUUGUGAGAGAGACUAGAUCUCAACCAAAGCAACAACUGGUCAAUGCAAAGGGUUACAUAAGUCUAUUUCCCUUCCUUCUACACAUUCUGGAACCAAAUUCACCUCAGUUAUUGAAUAUUUUACAAGAAAUUACAGAUCCAAAUCUGCUAUGGACUGAUUUCGGAUUGAGGUCUCUGUCAAAAACUGAUCCACUGUAUAUGAAACGUAACACUGAACACGAUCCACCAUACUGGCGUGGACAAAUUUGGAUCAACAUUAAUUUUCUAGCUGUUCGAGCUCUCAAGCAUUAUGCCACUGUUUCUCCACCUCCUGUUUCUGAACUUGCUGAUCAAAUUUAUACCAAACUGAGAGCAAACUUAGUUAAUAAUAUUUUUAGGCAAUAUAAAAAUACAGGAUAUAUUUGGGAAAAUUACAAUGACAAUACUGGUGCUGGACAAGGAUGUCAUCCAUUUACUGGGUGGUCAGCACUCGUAGUUUUAAUCAUGUCUGAACAGUAUGGGAGUUAAUAUGAAUUAAGGUUUUUAGUUAAAUUAGUGCUGAGCCACUUUAUAGAAUGCUUUGGCUGUGGAUCGCAGACCCCGAGAUAGGUUGACAAGCAUUUCGAUUCUUUCUGCGAUCCAACUUGAAGGAUAUUUUGACUCAAGGACUCAACUCCAAACUCUUAGGAAAACAAAGUUUGAUAACAUAAACAUCGAAAGUAUGAAAUUCAGUCAUUCACAAUAUCAAAAUUCUGAUCCCUCUCUCCUAGUAUCUCCCAAAUUGAAUAUCCAUGAAAACAUGCCAAACACCUAUUCGGAUCUAUAGUCUUGGUUAUGAUAAAGAAUUAGUCUUAUUCAGAGAAAUUGUAAUAGUAUAACCAUUCUUGUGCCUGUAGUGAUGCUGAAUAUAUGAAAUUGAGAAGUAGGAGCUAUAUAUGGUUAAAGAUUUAAAAUUGCAAUUAUUUGUCUGUUUUCUUAAUACUCCGUGCAUAAUUUUAGAAUAUUAUUACUGGUAUGUGUUUAUCUUUUUUUUAAGGCAUUCUCUCCCUAAAAUUUUCAUAUCAUUGAUAUAUUGGAAUGAAGCAUCUAAAUUCUAUAACAUGGCAUUGUCUUUGGAGUUUUGGAUAGCUAUGUGGAUAUAUUAUUUGCACUAUGUUGUAGAAUAACUUCGAAAAACUGGUUUUGGUAUUGUUUUUAUUGUUUCUAGGCAAUUAGUGUAUCUUACGGUGCAAUAAAAUUAUGUAAGGCUGA